CACCCGGCGUAAACAAACCUCCCACAAUGGCCCGGAAAAUAGACCUCGGUCUCUGUAUUUUCCUCUUAAUUCUCUCUUUUUCGGUCUGUAAGAAGCACACCGGAGAAGAUAAACCAGCCUGGGCCAAGAAAGAUAUCCGGGAUUACACAGACGCCGAUUUAGAGAGACUCUUAGAUCAGUGGGAAGAAGAUGAAGAGCCACUCCCAGAGGAUGAGCUGCCAGAACAUCUGCGAUCUCCCCCCAAGAUGAACUUUGACCCGAGCAACAUGGGAGACCCCGAGAAGUUGCUGAAGAUGAGCAAGAAAGGCCGCACCCUCAUGAUGUUCGUUCAGGUCAAGGAGGAACUCUCUCCCGAGGAAGCGGAGGACAUCACAAAGCUCUGGCAGAGUGCACUGCAUAACAACCACAUACAGGCAGAGAGGUACAUGGUUGACCAGAGAAGAGCAAUCUUCAUGUUUAAGGAUGGUGCUCAGGCAUGGGACGCAAAGGACUUCCUGGUCGAGCAAGAGGAAUUCAAGGAGUGCUCGAUAGAGAACAAGGUCUACCAUGGACACUUCACUCCUGAGGGAAGGAAGGAACGUGAGGGAGCGGAAGCAGCCAAAAAACCCAAAAAGGGAAACAAGAAGAGGAAAAAGGUAGAAUUGUAGGGUAGUACUUGAAAUCAAUUGGUAUUAAUUCAUCCACAUUUUUGUUCGAGUUCAUUUAAGUUUAAAGAUCACAUUUAUUGUUUGUUACAUUUAUGGUUUGUAUUCAAUAUUAUCUUUAUCUUUUACACUAUCCUAAUUAGUGUUAUGAAGCAAAUGUAUCCUGUAGUUUUUUGUUUUUUUUUAAUCUUUGUUCUUAUUUGUUUUCAUGAUCACACAAAUUUGUAAAUCGUUGUCUCUUGUUUGAUUUUAAACGAUAAUGUUCCUGGUGAACUGAAUUGCCAAAAUUUGUUAGGGUUGGUGAAGGAUUUUGUAAUAAAUGAAUUUUACAAGAA